GUUGCUGCACUGGGCCUAUGCACUGCAAGUGCCGCGUGACGUGAGUUUUCUUGUACGAGGAAUUAGAAAUUAGAUACCAGGAUGCCGAGAUGCCUUAUGGCAAAGAAGUGGAAGGCGUACCCGUGGCCGGACAGGGUUGAUGAUAGCGAGACCUUGGAAGAGGUUCCUGCAGAGACCAAUGGAGAUAGGAGAUUUGCGGAGGCUGUGAACCUCCAGGAGAAGAGGGACAGGAUUGACCCUGAGGAGGAGGAAAUCGAUGUCGUUGGCGAUGAGGAUAUCAGGCAGACUCAGACAUGUUGGGGGCCGCACAGUCCCACUGCUGGGACCACUGCACCCAGUCCACCACCUCUUAAUGCCUCUGGGGCACUUUAUUACCAUGGUUACACGCACGAGGCCUGGAUCAAUCACGAGGAGCCUCCAAAGUACGCCACUCUUCGUUCAGCCGCGGAAUUGGCGAGGCCAGUAGCCCCAUCUCCAACACCACCUCAUCACCUCGAUCAUCGGCUCAACUCAAAUCUGCAUCCAGUUUCCACAUCUCUUACACUACCACCUCGCAAGAGUCUCGCAAUGUGUUUUACCUCAACCGGAACAGCUCUUUCCCUUCCACCAAAAAAGAAGGACAUAUACCGUCCAUAUAGCCUCCAACCCUCAGAAAUUCGAACAUCUGCCGAAGAAGACCUAUCAGCAGCUCAAGCAAUUCUUGAUCUCAGCGCAUCACCAGCUGCUCCAAACCAUUCCGUUUUUAUACACACCAUCCCAUCCGGCAUCCCUCCUCCUCAAAAUCUACAAAACUCAUCUCAAAAUUCCCUCCCUUCCCCAAAUCCCCUCCCUUCCCCAACACCAUCACAAAUCCCAACCCCUGUUUCAGUCCUCGUAUCAGUUCCCCCCCAAAGUCUAUCCCCCCGACAUCAAGAACACCAAAUCCAACCACAAUCUCCCACAUCUGCUGAAAAUUCCCAAAAUAUUCCCAACAACAAAACAGUUGCCUACACCUACGAAGCGUUCUUUGUUUCCGAUGGGCGCUCGAAACGCAGAUCAAGCAAUGCUGCUGUACCCGAAAAGGAAGCUGCACAACCAGAGAGAGCUAAAUUCACCUGCACUGAAUGUGGGAAGCAAUACGCUACCUCGUCGAAUUUGUCACGACAUAAACAGACACACAGAAGUCUUGAUUCUCAAUCAGCCAAGAAGUGUAUCCACUGCGGGAAGGCCUAUGUCUCGAUGCCAGCUUUGGCGAUGCAUGUUCUUACACACAAAUUGGCACACAGUUGUGGGGUUUGUGGGAAGAUGUUCUCCAGGCCCUGGUUGCUCCAAGGACAUCUGAGAAGUCAUACAGGAGAAAAACCCUAUGGUUGUGCCCAUUGUGGCAAAGCUUUUGCAGAUAGGUCGAAUCUCAGAGCUCACAUGCAGACACAUUCAUCUGAUAAGAACUAUGAGUGUUCUCGCUGCCACAAGACUUUUGCACUCAAGUCUUAUUUGAACAAACAUCUGGAAUCUGCAUGUCUAAGGGACGAAGAUGUCCAGCAACACGGAAACAGCAAUACCCAGAACAACAGAGGGUUGUAGCAUGAACAAGAUGAUGAAGGAGCCCUUGAAAGCUAGCGGAUAUGAAAAGAUGGCUGUCCACUGGGUCAAGAAUACUCGUUGAUAUGGGAAAGGUUUGCAGUAGAUUAAUUAGAAAAAUGCCAGUACCAGUAGAAGAGAUGAUUAUAGUGAUUAUCUUUAACGUUAAAUUAUAAAGAAACGUCCAGUAAUGUUUAAGUAAACAGAAAACGUCGAACGGUGAC